AUGGGGUUGAGCGUGACGGAGAGAGCACUAAACUUAAAAGCGAGGGUGCUGUUGGCGGAGCUCGAUAAAGAUGUGGUGUUUCCACCAGGAUGGAUCCGUCAGUGGCGCCAAAAACACGGCAUCCGCACCACCGACGACAUUUCCAUGCCGCCUCCAGUAGUUCACCGUUCUGCAGCCACUCCCUCAACCCCUGAUGUUUCCACGGUUACCGCCGCCGCUUCCGAGACUCACGCCAGUCCCGCUACCGCCGCUGCGUCUUCGAGGGCAGCUCCAGCCACCCCAUUGGCACUAAGCUUCGCCAAUGCUCCCGACCUCCACAGUGAUGUUGACGAGAGCUAUAGAGUCUAUCUCGACCUCAUCCCCGAGGAGCACAGGAAAGAGAAGAAGCCACCGAUUCCGGGUGAUCGCGACUUGCCGCUUUACUUGGAUGACUAA